AUGAAUUCUCCGACAGAUGAAAAGAUGGUGUGCACCACGUCGACGGACCGAUCCGUCGUGGCGUCCGAGGACAAGUUAGAGUGGGAUGUCGAUGAGGAACGUAUGGCUAAGAGGAAAAUCGACAUGACUGUGUUACCUCUCCUUGUCUUGGGUCUGCUCAUGUUCCAGCUCGACCGUAUGAACCUAGCUUCAGCACUUACAGCCGGCUUUGCGAGGGAUAUCAACGUCAGUCAGGAUACUAUCAAUCUGGGAAACCAGCUCAUGUUCAUGGGCACUGUUGUCUUGGAGAUUCCAUGUAACUUGCUGUUACAAAGGUUUGGCCCCCGAAAAUGGAUCUCCCUACAAGUCCUCCUCUUCGGCACCGUCGCCACGCUCCAAGUCCUCGUCAAGAACCGCGCCGGCUUCCUCGCCAUCCGCCUCAUGCUCGGCCUCGCUGAGGCGGGGUACAUUCCCGGAUCAAUGUACACCCUGUCGAACUGGUACCCGAAACACGAGCUGGCGAAGCGCAUUGCCGUCUUCAUGUUUGGGCAGUUUGGGGGCAACGCCCUGAGUCCACUGCUUGCUUCCGGGAUACUGAAGUUGGCCGGAAAGGGUGGGUUGACGGGUUGGCAGUGGCUUUUCCUAAUUGAGGGCCUGGCGACUCUGGUCGUUGCCAUGAUGCUCAUCUUCCUCCUCCCCGGAUCCCCCGACACGCCGAAACCCCUCGGAAGCCCAGGCCUGAUUCGAUUCUCGACGAGACAGCAGCAGAUCCUCCAACAAAGAAUGCAAAUCGAUGAGCCCGGAAAGAACGAUGGAGUAAAGGGUAUCGUAAUCCCCUGGGCCCUCGUCUGGAAGACAGUCAAGCACUACAAGAGAUGGCCACACUACGUAUCCACCUUUUGCGUCUUUUCGACGUGGUCGCCGCUCACAACAUAUACUCCUUCCAUCAUUAUGGCCCUCGGUUUCGACCGCAUCAGCGCCAACGCCCUGGCCGCGGUCGGCGCGUCUCUCGCCAUGGCCGUCGUCUUCGCCUUUGCCAUGCUGAGUGAUAGCUCGAAUAAGAGAGGAUCGACGGUGCUGUUGGGACAUGUGUGCUAUCUGACCAUACUGGUGGUGGCCCGGACAGUGCAUCCGCACGUCGGGAAGUGGUCGAGGUGGGGUUUGUGGACGGCCAUCAAUGCUUUUGCUGUCUGCUACCACCCGGCGCAUAAUACAUGGUUGCAGGUAAAUUGCCGUGACCCCAGAGAGCGCAGCAUUGGAAUUGCCAUGUGGGUGAUGUCUGCCAUCAGUGGUUUAAUGGUAGGAUCUCAAUACUUCAGGGGUAACGAUCUGCCUUUCUACGACAAGGGCCUCUUGACGAUGAUCAUUAUGGUCUCGAUCGGCAUGGCGUUUGCUUUAUUGCAGGAGGCCGUUUAUGUGUUGCAUAACAGGCGUGUGGCGCAAGACAAACACCGACCCGAAGACGGUUCUGAGCCGUAUAUUUACGUUCUUUGA